GUCAUUUGUGGGUUUGUUUACAUCAAGCUCAUUCAGGUUGUCCAUAUCCAUCCACAUGUGCGGUUAUUUUGUUGUAUAGAUAGCAAUAUUUUGUAGCAUAUCUGUUGUAUGUUGUAAUAGAAAAGGCAAACGAUGUUGGACACAAUAAAGGUUGGCGAAUAUUUGGUGGUUAAGCGACAAAAGUAUACCAAACUGCAAAAGUUUACCAGUUUGGAUACGGUCGUGCAUUUGGGUAAAGAUCAGAUAGAGCUACGCUGUGCUGAGAAUCAACCCUAUCAUACCACGUUUCAGUUGAUACCCAAGGAGGGUCGCAACAAACGACUAUUCACUUUGGAUGCCGUGCAGACCGUUUCAGAGAUAAGAAACCUCAAGGAGCUGCUAAUAAAAGAAAGUGGAGCGGACAAUAGGAACAUCGUGGAUGAUCGAAGUACGCAGAAUCUGUCAACGGAUGAAAUUCUGAAGCUACGGGAGCAAUGUGAUUCCUCUUCGGAAGUUAUAGGAAAGUUGGUUGAAAAUUCGAAAAGUUUCGCCUCCAAAACGGAAUACUCCCAGGAAAAGUAUUUGAAACGAAAGGAGAAGAAAUAUUUCGAAUAUGUGCAAAUAAAGAGGCCGUCCAUCCGGCUUAUUGCGGAAAUAUAUUGGCGUUUGGAUGCGGAUAAAGUAAUGGGUGUGCGGUUUGAUACGUUAUCGCAGAUAAUCUCCUAUAGUGGAGUUUGUGGAAUAGGUAGGUUUUUACUUUAUGAAUCUGGAACGAACGGAUUGCUACCGGCGGCAUUCCUAAAUGCAAUUGGGUCUAACACGAAAGCCAAACUAGUUCAUAUGCAUCCAGGCAACGUUGCCCAGAAGCAGGCACUACAAGCAAUGAAUUUCGGCGCGGAACAACUGACCAGAUGCAUUUCUGUGAAUAUUUAUUCCGUUUUGAGACAUUUCUACCAACAAAGUAAAAACACGAACGGUAUUGAAUUGGACGAUGCUAAGUCGGAUCCACAGAGUGUGCAGAACGACGGUGCAGAUCCGCCACAGGUGGAUGUUAAUCACAAACGAAAAAACGAUGAGUCGGCUGAAAAUGAACCAGAAGCGAAACAAGCUAAGCUGGACGAAGAUGGAAUUCCGCCAGGCAAAAAGCAACAGCAAUGGGAAGUUGAAAAUGCAACUGCCGGAGAGUUGAUGAAAGAUAAAUUCGACGCAUUGGUCAUCGUUGCAAAGGAACAUCCUUACAACAUUAUCAAAGCUUUACUUCCCUUCGUGAAACCGAGCAGACCUGUAGUUGUAUUCAAUACAUCGAAGGAAAUUCUCCUUGAAUGUUAUAUGGAACUAAAAGCGAAUGCGAGCGUAACGUUUCUACGUGUAACAUCGAACUGGAUGCGACAUUACCAGAUUCUCCCAAAUCGUACACAUCCUGAUGUUACGAUGUCUGGAAACAGUGGGUACCUCCUUACCGGGUAUACUAUUAGAUAGUAAAUAUUUUGAAAUAUUAAUUCACAGAGAAUAUCUACAUAUAAUUCAGGAAUAGAAUUAUAUAAACCGACUAGUUGUACAAUAUCCAACUAAAAAUGAAAUUCGAAUAAAACCUAAUAUGAAAUUAA